CCCCUCCUCCGCCGGCGCAGCCCAAGCCAUGCUGCUCCUGGCCGCCGCCUUCAUCGUGGCCUUCGUCCUCCUCCUCUACAUGGUGUCGCCGCUUAUCAGCCCCAAGUCGCUGAAGCUGCCCGGCGCGCACGUCGUGGUAACUGGAGGCUCCAGUGGAAUUGGAAAAUGCAUUGCUAUUGAAUGCUAUAAGCAAGGUGCUUUCAUAACACUGAUUGCAAGGGAUGAGAACAAGCUGUUGCAGACGAAGAAGGAAAUAGAAAAGUACUCUGUUAAUGACAAGCAGGUUGUACUCUGUAUUUCUGUUGAUGUGUCUAAAGACUAUGAACAAGUGGAAAAUGUUCUAAAACAGGCUCAGGAGAAGUUGGGGCCAGUUGACAUGCUCGUAAACUGUGCAGGAACAUCAGUUACAGGCAAAUUUGAGGAUAUUGAAGUGAAUUCUUUUGAAAGAUUAAUGGCAGUGAAUUACCUGGGCAGUGUUUACCCAAGCCGAGCAGUAAUCGCUACCAUGAAGGAGCGCAGAAUGGGAAGGAUUGUCUUUGUGUCGUCUCAGGCUGGCCAGCUAGGCCUGUUUGGAUACACAGCUUAUUCUCCCACCAAGUUUGCUCUUCGAGGGUUGGCUGAAGCCCUGCAAAUGGAGGUAAAACCAUACAAUGUCUACGUAACGGUGGCCUAUCCUCCAGAUACUGAUACUCCUGGCUUUGCAGAAGAAAGUAAAACAAAGCCCUUAGAGACGAAGCUGAUUUCUGAAACCUCAUCUGUUUGCCAAGCAGAGCAAGUUGCCAGAGUUAUAGUGAAAGAUGCCAUACAAGGGAACUUCAACAGCUCAGUUGGAUCAGAUGGUUACAUGCUGUCAAUAUUGACAAGUGGGAUGUCACCAGUCACUUCUAUUACUGAAGGUCUUCAGCAGGUUGUUUGCAUGGGCAUUUUUCGCAUCAUUGGCCUAUUUUACCUAGGAAGUUUUGACAGCAUAGUUCGUCGCUGCAUGAUGCAAAGGGAAAAAUCUGAAAGUGCAGAUAAAACUGAGUAAUCUUUACUGUGAGUGGAAAGAAGAAUGUCAAGCAGUCCUGGACAGCUUGCUGCUUAAGUGGGACUCAGUUUUGCUCCUGAAGGAUAUAGGCUGGAAGUACUUGCAUGUGUGACAGAGGAGUCCCCUCAAAAGCUAUGAAAGAAAAAACAAAAGUACAAAUCCAGAAAAUGCCAAACUAUGCAAAAGUGUGAAUGAGGAUUAGGUAUCUUUUUUUUUUUUUGGUGAUUUGAGUUGGAAAGAAUUUGGAGAGCUCGUAAGUGAUCUGCAGAGUAGAAUUUGAGAAUGGACAAUGUGCGGUAAUUCUGGACAAAUACUUAAGUUUUCUCACUUUGGUGCUUAUGGAUGAAAUAAGUACCAUGACAGACUGGGCUGAAGUAGAUUGAGGUCCCCUGAACAAGCUGGUACCUUUUGCUAACGUUUUGGGACUGCUUUUGAUUUAGAAUGUUAACUUUUCCUUUGGCCAAUCUACAGAUCCUUCUGUCAAUGACAGCUUUCCUUAUUCUGUCCAACAUACAAGUAGAAACCUGAAGAUCACAAAUACAUUUGUAUGAUCCAAGCUUUCUCAGUGUGGGAGUAAUUAAAAAGUAUGGUUUAAUAUGUGCAUACUUUCUAAAGGGAGAUGAAGAACCCGUUCCCACAGAGAAAUGCUAGGAAAUGUGGUCGGGUCUGUAGCUCUUCUGGCCUUUGAAGUUUGUUGUGAACAACAACAAAAAAAAAAUCAAACCAGUAUCAAGUGUGUCAGUUAUAACUCAGCAUUUUAAGCCAUUGAAACAAUGUAGAAUUUUUACAGAGACCUAAUCUGCCAGUUUUUGCUCUGGAAAGGGAAGUGGCUUAACGCUACUGUUAUGCACAUUAAUUUCAAAGCUGCAAAGGAUGAGCCAAACCAGUGGUUGAUGAUGGAAUCAAUUGUAAUUAAAAUGCCGGGCUCUUCCAGUAGCAGGAAUGUAGCUUUUCAGGGCAGAGGGGUCAGCAGGGGGGAGAGGUGUGUGUCAGAAUGGCCUUCCACACUGCAUUUUAUCACUGCACGGAAAAGCUUUCACAUGAGAAAUUACAUAAAAUACUCUCCUUAUAUGACCCACUUCUAAUUUGUCUCAUUUACAUUAUCUGAAACAAGGCUGCUCAAUAACUGCUUCAGAAUAUACAGAACCCAGUGGUUGUUUCUAAUAAAUCUCGUUUAACACUGAAAAAGCUUGAUGCAUAACAAUGAUGUUUUAAGGGUGCACUAUGUAUACAGUUUAUUUAAUGGACCACUAUAGUAUAAGUGCCUUGUGAACUGCUUUUUUUUUCAAAAGCUGCAUAUUUUGUAUUUGUUAGCACUGCUGUGUUUUCAAUGCCAUAUUUCCAUUUUCAUUCAGUACUCUGAAUCUAAAAUUAUGUGUAAAACCGGGCACUUUCACUUCUAUGACAGUAAUGUUUAACAACCAAAAUAGGCAAAAUUGAUUGCUUCUAUUAAGAGAUUCUCUAUAUCUGUUUAAGAAGAUGUAUUCAAUUAAACUGAGAUAAAAAUUAAUAAGUGGUUAACUGGAAAACCUUAGAAUGUAAUUUAUUGAGGCUGUUUUUUUUCCCUCUCUGAAUUAGGUUGAUCACUUUUCAAAUUUCCUUCACAUAGACUAAACUUGCUUUAAUACCUGGUUAUAAACAUUUUUUUGGAGAGUAUCACACUGGUGCUCUCAUUUUAAGUGGUGAAAAUUCAUUAGAUUGCAAAUGUUGAGGCGCUGUUGAAUUCUUCACCAAUUCUGUGUUUUAGGUCCUGCCUCCUGAUUUUGUUUAGAUAUGUGAAGGUGUGCAUGCCUAUAAUAUAAUACUAAUUUUGAGAGUAUAGUGUAUUCCUGCAUUUUUAAACAGCUUGGCUUCAGUGCAAAGAAAUCCAGUGUGCAUUUGUAUUUCCUGUGCUGCUUAAUGUGAGUGACAUAAAGGAGCAUUUAUCAUA